AUGAAGCCGAACAUACCACCAUUAAACAUCGCUAAGUCGAAUUCGCUUAUCGACGACGCCGACGCCGACGUUGACGCCAACCCCAACAAUAAACAAACGCCGGCUCGUUUCUACUCGAAUCACGGCCAGUCGGAGGCCACCCCGCCAUUAACGCCUCAGGGAACUAAGGAACAAGACAUAAUGGAACAAAUCGAAGCCCCGAGGGCUGUCUUUCACAACUAUCUCCGCGCAUUCUAUCCUUUCCACCCGGCCGGAAAUGUCUCGCCAUCCACAGUCACUCUACCCCUCGAUCAAGGUGAUAUCAUCCUGGUCCAUUCCGUUCACACCAAUGGCUGGGCCGAUGGUACCUUAUUAGAUUCUGGACAUCGAGGCUGGUUACCGACGAAUUAUUGCGAAGCAUACGACCAAAUCGCCAUGCGUCCGUUAUUAAAGGCCUUGACGGAUUUCUGGGACAUCAUUCGUGGAGGAUGCGGGUCAUCAUUAAAAGAUUUUGGAAACCAGGAUUUAAUGCGAGGGCCCAUCGCGGGGGUCCGCUUUCUACUGGAAAAGUCAGAAUGCUUGACGCGGGAAUCUCCGCUUGUCAAGAAAUACGAUGGGCUACGGAGGAUUCGAAAAGCUUUGCUGUCCGAUCUAUCAUCGCUAGUCAAGACUGCCAAACGAUUUCAAGAAGUCGCCAACGGUACCCCCGCCGAAGAUGAAGUUGAAAGCAUCCUGGACGAGAUGCUCCUGAAGGCCUUCAAGAUCGUCACCCGGGGUGUUCGGUUCCUCGACGUUUGGGAUCAGGAAGUUGGACUCACCCGAACAAUCGCCGACAUGGAAGCCGCUGGUGAACGGAGCCAAUACGAAUUGCCCCCGACCCCAGCAUCCGACUCGUUCAGCACUGCCGACACUGCGAUCAUCCCCGAUAGCUGCUCGGAACGGAAUGAGUCGCGCCAGAUGAGCCGCAGCCGCAUGGAUAUGAGCCAGGCAUCGAUGCGCACGGAGAUGUUCGAGCCCUCCCGCCCAUUGUCAGUUUCAACGAAGAGGAUAUCAGUAUCUCACCGAGUCUCCUACUCCGGACCCUCAUCUGCCAUUCGUGCGGAGAAUUUGGCCUCGGACCGACUGGGCACUACCUACGAUGCCUUCUUGGGUGUUCUUGGGUCGUUCAUCGGCUUGCAUAUGCAGUCUCGCUCCUCGACGGAGCUGGUGACCACCACUCAACAAGCCGUCUCGUCCUGUCGGGCUCUGUUGAAUGUGGUUGAAGCUGUCUGCGAGCAUGACACUCAGCGUAGCGUUCUCCUGCAGGAGGCUCGUGAGGCUAUGUGUGAGAAGCUAUCCGAACUCGUCCACGCUGCUCGCGAUGUCUUCCGUCCGGCUCAUGCGCAGGAAGAUGAUCUUGUCUUUAUGCCGGAUGAGGGUAAGCGACUGGUCGAUGCGGCGACGGACUGUGUGCGGGCUGCAGGAAACUGCCUGGCCAAGGCUCGACUGGUUCUGGAGCAGAAUGGAGAUAUCGAACUGGAAGCAAUUGACGAGGAAACGCCCAGUCAGGGGGUACCUGAUAUUGUGGAGGAGAAGACCGACCCCGUGACUUUGACUGAAUCAACAGAGGAAGGAACCGAAGUGACUGAAGAACGGACAAGGGAAUGCGCCUUCCCCCGCCCCCCCCUCCAAAUUCCAAAUGCGACCAUCGCGACUUCCCUGACUGCCACUGCUCCUUCCACUCCCGCCCUCACCGAUGCCGCCAGCGCCAACACCGCCAACAACCCAACAACUCCCUCCUUCUUCUCUCAUCUCUCUUCCUCUCACACUUCUGCCCUUUCUUCCCUCCCCAACUCCGCCAUCCUUCCCACUCACCUUGAAAACUGUCAAUCCUUCUCUUCCUCUUACGAUUCCUACCGUGAGAGUCACCCUAAGUCUGACGUGAGCGAAUCCUUCGGUCGUGGUGUGACAAGCACGGGUAGUAGCUUCACCUACAACAGCCACGCUCGUGAUUCCGAGAUGAGUGGCGUCUCCCAGACUUCUACCAGGGCUACCUCGCCUGAUAUUGGUGGUAGCUUCACCGAUAGCUUCAAGGUGCCUUCCCUCAAGGAGAGUCUCAGCCACUCGACCUUGGCCGAGGAGAACGAGGAGACCGAGGCUCACUUGCUCGAAAAGACCUUCGCCCAUGAAUUGGUCUACAGGGAGGGCCAAGUGAUGGGCGGCAGUAUGUGUGCUUUGAUCGAGAAGCUCACUGCUCACCAAUCCACCCCGGAUGCCACCUUCGUCUCCACCUUCUACCUCACCUUCCGUCUCUUUGCUACCCCGCUGGAGUUUGCUGAAGCUCUCGCAGAGCGCUUUGAAUACAUCGGUGAUACACCUCACGCUGCUGGUCCCGUUCGGUUGCGCGUGUACAACGUGUUCAAGGGCUGGCUCGAGUCUCACUGGCGCCACGAUAGGGACAAUGAUGCGUUGGAGUACAUCCUGAACUUUGCAAAGACUCGUCUCAUGAAUGAACUGCCCACUGCUGGAAAGCGCCUCGUCGAGCUCGCCGAGAAGGUGUCUGCCGUCCACGGCCCCGUCGUCCCCACCAACACCGCGAUCGCCCAAUACGUCAACCCUGAUACCCCUCUCCCUCCUUGUAUCAUCGGCAAGAAAGAGAACCACCUGUUGAAGCAGUGGAAGGAUGGCUCGGGCUCGAUUAGCAUCCUGGACUUCGAUCCUCUCGAGUUGGCCCGGCAGUUGACCAUCAAGGCGUCUCGUAUCUUCUGCUCCAUCCUGCCUGAGGAGCUCCUUGACACCGAGUGGACCCGCAAGUCUGGCUCAUUGGCCGUCAAUGUCCGCGCUAUGACCACUCUGUCGACCGACCUUGCCCACCUGGUCGCUGACUCCAUCUUGUGCUUGGAAGAGCCUAAGAAGCGUGCUGCCACCAUCAAACACUGGAUCAAGGUUGGAAAUAAGUGCUUGGAGCUGAACAACUACGAUUGUCUCAUGGCAAUCGUCUGUGCCCUGAACCUGUCCACCAUCGAACGUCUGAAGCGGACCUGGGACUUCGUCUCGCAGAAGACCAACAACUCCUUCAACAAUCUGAGAAACAUCGUCAGUGUGGAUCGGAACUAUGUCGUCCUCCGCAAGCGCCUUCAGAACCAUGUGCCGCCGUGCCUACCUUUCCUCGGAACCUACCUCACCGACUUGACCUUUAUCGAUCAUGGCAACCAGUCCCUCCGCUCCCUGCCGACGGAUGAUGGUAAGAUGGCCGGCAUCAAUUUCGAUAAGCACAUGAAGACCGCCCGCAUUAUCGGCGAGCUUCAGCGAUUCCAGAUUCCCUACCGCCUGACCGAGGUCCCUGAACUCCAGACCUGGAUGCAAAACGAGCUUGUUCGCGUUCGCUCUAAUGGUGAAUCCACCGCGCAGAAGUUCUACCGCCGGUCCUUGAUCCUCGAACCCCGUGUUCAUGGCAGCUCGACCAACCUCCAUGCUCAAGCUCAGGCCCAGGCCCAGGCUCAAGCUCAAGCCCAGUCUGAGUCCAACCCGCCUUCUAUGCUCGAGAAUGCCAAAGACAAGUUUGACUUCCUCUCUUGGACAAACCCCUCCAAGCCGAAGUCUAUCGCCACGAAUGGCUAA